CAAACACAAGAGAACAAACUUCACUUUAAAGCAGCUCUGCCUUUGAGCUCCUGUCUAAACCUGCGCCACCAUGGACAAAUCCGUCCUUACAUUAUUACUGCUAAUAUCCCUGCUAUCCAUCCACACCGUGUGUGUGUAUGGUGAGGGUUUUGUACUGAUGCCCAUUGAACUUGCUCCUAUACCCUGCAACGACAAAGCAGUGGAGAAGCUGUCUCGGCUGGCUGUCACUUACAUCAAUGAGGAUCGCACCGAUGGCUAUAAGUUUGCCCUUAACCGCAUUGCAAACGUCCACCUGCACGCUCAGGGCCCUGCAGGCAAUGUAUAUUACCUGGACCUGGAUGUCCUGGAGACCAAGUGUUACAUAGGCAGCCCAAAACCAUGGAAACGCUGUGAUGUCAGACCAUUCAUGGAAACACAAGUCUCUGGAAACUGCAACACCACCAUUCUGCACACACCAGAGGGCUACUCCUACUUGUACAGCUACGACUGCGCUCUAGUGCCAGAUCCUCCAGAGAAGCUCCAGCAGACUUGUCCAACCUGUCCCGUCCUGCUUCCUGAAGACAGUCCACAGGCUGUGACUGCUGCCCGGCUCACUCUCACCCAAUAUAAGAUGCAGUCGACUCUGGGUAUAGGACUUGGAGUGAAAAGGAUCACCAGAGCUGCAGCACAGGCUGUGCCAGUAAAAGCCACCUUUGUGGAGUACACAGUCCAAGAGUGUCCAGAGGGAGUAACAGAAAGAGGCACUUGCCAGCGGCUGACACUCCAGUCUGACACAGAGACUGCAGGUUUCUGUACAGGUUCUGCACGUGGAGACAUUCAUGCCGAUCCUGAAGUUCAGGUGUCCUGCGAGAUGUUUAAAAUACAGAAUGUGGACCACCUCAGACCAGUGCAACCACAGGGUCACGACCUCCCCCAACCUGCAAUCCCAACUUUUCCACCCAUAACUGAUGACCCAGGAAACGAUCCGCAGCCUGCUCCCUUUGAUCCCCCAUCACCCACUGAUGCUCAGCCGGCGCCGUCCGAUCCCAAACCUGCUGACCCUGUGCCCCUCAACCCCACCGUUCCUGUCAACCCCGCCGUAGCUCUCAGCUCUUCUUCCAGUGAAUCUGCUGAAAGCCUGACAAACCAGCAACAGCAGGCUCCCAAUGCUGGGCCUUAUGAUUCGUCCUCUGAAGAAGUGGCAGGCCUUGUGGCUCUUCGUCCGCCCUUUAGCUUCCGCUACCAGAAGCGUGACCGUAAGAAGCGGCAGGCCUUGAUAGAAACCUCUCCCUCUUACAACCCCGUCUUCCUGGCUGAUUUCCCCAGUGGGAACUCUCCUUUCCGAUCCUGUCCUGGUGCGGCUCGAUACACCACAGUUUAACUGGUCCUGCUUAGAGGUCCAUAAGUUCAUAUAUGAUUCUAUCCAGUGAGAGUCUGUACCAAUAAACUGUUCCGCUCCCUGUCACUGGAGGCUUGUAAUAAUUUGUGCUAAUGAGAAGGAUGCUGUCUCUUUUCAGUGGCCCUGAAAUGACCUCUCUGCUGUUUCUGCUGCUGCUGUAACAGUGCUCCCAAAGCACAUGAAGCUGAGACAUGUAUUUGAAAAUGGCUUCAGAUAUUUGAACAAUUUGAAUAAAUACUGGUGUGAA